GUGAAUUUUGAGUUGGGCGGUGUUCUAGGUGUCCUUUUUAUUUGCACAUUUAUAGGCUAUUUUGCAACAAUUUUGUAACCAGCAUACCGCUGCAUUGUAACUAAUAGUUCGUAGAGAUGUAUCGUAGUGAAAUCGAGGCUUAUUAAUUGUCUAAAAUCAUACGAAAUAGAUGGACAAUAUGCUAGUUGAUGUUACAGAGGCUGUGGACCUCGUGGUGUGCAAGCAUGCAGGCGAAUUCGACACCCAGACCUUGAGAAAGAUUCUUGCAAAACAGGUUUGGAGCAGUAAUGAUAGAUACCAAGUUCUGUCAACCUUGUCCGAUCUGCUUGUCAAUCCAGAAUGCUGUGUAACUGUUGCAGAACACUGUCGACCAAUCCUGCUUGACCUUCUACACAGGGCAGCAGAAAAAGUUGUGAAAGACCAGUUCUCAUUGGUUGCCCAUGAACAGCUCUGUAUCGCUAUUGGUAAGCUUCUACCACUUCAUCCAGAUGUUGUACAGUUUGCAAGCAAGUACUUUGAUAGGGCGCCUUCACCUUUCCACCGUUUGUGUUCCCUGGGUAAAUUCAAGGAGGUUAAUUGUGCUGAGCUGUUGCAGAUAGUGCACGCUUCCUGGAUGACACUACUUCAUAUGCCUAGCGUGACGCAAGAUAAGUGGGAUUGGAGUCCAUUUCUACAGCUUACAAAACACGAGAUUACUGAUGUCAGGUGGUAUGCAGCCCAUAUUGUAUCCACUGUGCUAAUGAUGGUGGAAACUGUGAAGACGACUUUCUUUGAAACGCUCUUCACGUCUGAAGAAAUCCGAACACUGACUGUAAAAAACUGUAUGGAAGAUUUUGUGAAGUCACCAACUGCGUUUACAAAAACACAUCAAUCUAUGAACUCUGUUGAUUGCACAGUUAAACCAGCAUAUACCAGAGGUCAGGUAACUGACUCCGACAUUGUCCAAUCAGUGGUAUCCGUUUGUGACAUACUAUUAGAUGUUGCUAAGCACCAAAGUAAAGAGACAAGGAAAAAACAUCUUAUUGCUGUGCCCUCUACAAGGAAGAACCUACGAAGCUUAGCAUUGGCAGUGUCUUCAUCAAGCCCUGUGCUACUGGAAGGUCCUGUAGGUUGUGGCAAAACGUCACUUGUAGAGUACCUUGCGGAGCUGACCGGGAGAAGUACUAGAAGCAACUUACUGAGGGUGCAGCUUGGUGAUCAGACUGAUAGCAAGGCCCUUCUCGGAACUUACUGUUGUACGGACAUACCUGGUGAAUUCAAAUGGAUAGCAGGGCCCCUUACACAGGCUGUUUUGUCAGGGCAUUGGAUACUGUUGGAAGACAUUGACUAUGCUCCGAUGGAUGUUGUAUCAACCUUGUUACCACUGUUAGAGAGCAGGUCACUUAGUUUGCCAGGACACGGCAACACCAUACAGACGGCACCUGGAUUCCAACUAUUUGCAACUCAGAGGUUAGUAAAUAGUGGUGGCAGUUUUGUGAGACAACAGCAUAGUCAUUCCGCAAUGCUGGACAGGAUGUGGACCAGAAUUCAGGUGGAACCUCUGUCAACAGACGAACUACGUCAGGUUGUGGUAACUUUGUAUCCAAAACUUAUCACAGUGGCGGAUAGGCUUCUGGAAAUUUACUCGCUAAUAUCAGCCGGAGGACAUCAUGGCGACAAUGACAACAUGUCGGAGGGUACAGAGCGUCUUAGUCUAAGUGGUCGUCUGUUCUCAACAAGAGAUUUGAUCAAGUGGUGCGAUAGAAUUGUCGCUAGUUAUGAUCACGGCAAGUCUCAUACAGCAAAUAUGAUAUUCCUAGAGGCUCUGGAUUGUUUUUGCUCAUCAUCCUCCAAACCAGCUAAAAGAGCCCGGCUUGGCGAGGUCAUCGGCACCAAGCUUAAUGUUUCCAAAGAGAAAUCGAACUUUUUUUCCACCAAAUACAAACCAUCAUUUGCAGUUGAGGAGGAUCGGUGCAUUGUGGGUAGGACGCAACUUCGGUGUAUCCCGCGUGACCAGAUCCAGUUUCAACGUGUCACCACAUCUAAUUUUGCCUUUACUCGACAUUCCUGCAUACUUCUUGAACGUGUUGCUGUGUGCAUAAAUAACAAUGAGCCUGUGUUGUUGGUGGGUGAAACUGGAACGGGCAAGACCUCAUCCAUCCAAUACCUAGCUGACCUUACCAACCACAGGUUAAAGGUCAUAAACAUGAACCAACAGAGUGAUAGUGCAGAUUUACUCGGAGGGUACAAACCAAUUGAUAUAAAACAGCUAAUUACGCCGAUCCGCAAACAAUUUGAGGAGAAUUUCGGCAGGAUGUUUUCCCGAAGUCAUAAUGAGAAAUUCCUUGGCCACAUCCAGACUUGUUACUAUGCAGGGCGCUGGACAACCUUGCUUAAAUUAAUGAUGCAUAGCCAGCAAGCUGCUGUCAAGCGAUUACAGGCUGUCAACGACGUCUCUCAAGAUCAAGCUCCAGUUGAUGGGGAAGCAACACCAGAGGAGUUCUGGAGAAAUCUUGGAGAGCGUAUUCAGCAACUACUGCUUCAAAUUAAACACUCAGAAAAUAUGCUGGCUUUUUCGUUUGUAGAAGGGACACUGGUGAAAGCUUUGACCAAUGGAAAUUGGGUUCUACUUGAUGAGAUUAACCUGGCAACUGCCGAGACUUUAGAGUGUCUAAGUGGGUUGCUUGAAAGUACAUCUGGAUCUGUGGUCUUGAUGGAAAGAGGUGACUUGGUGCCAGUAGUUCGACAUAAUAAUUUCCGGCUCUUUGCUUGUAUGAACCCUGCCACUGAUGUCGGCAAGAAGGAAUUGCCAAUUGGAAUAAGAAACAGGUUCUCUGAAUUUUUUAUUGAUGAAUUGGAAGAAGUUUCAGAUUUAAAGAUUUUAGUGAAUAGUUACGUGAAUGGACUGGGACUGUCAGCUAAACAACUUGAUGGUAUUGUUAAGUUUUACCAAGUUAUUCGUGUAGAAGCAGAACAAAAACUGACAGAUGGUACAGGUCAUCGACCUCAUUACAGUUUGAGGACAUUAUGCCGGGCUUUACGAUUGGCUGCAAUUAAUCCGUAUGGAAAUGUUCUUCGGUCCCUUUACGAGAGUUUCUGCCUCAGCUUUUUGACUCAACUAGACAGGGGGUCGCAUCCGCAGGUGGAACAGCUGAUCAUUAAACAUGUCAUUGGUAAAGCUAAUGUACGUGGUAUGUUAAAACAACCGAUACCACCCCCUGCAUCCGGUCAGUGCAGUAAGAUUGAAGGGUAUUGGAUCAGGCUCGGCGACAUUGAGCCAAAGGUGGCGGAGGAUUAUGUGUUGACAGCGUCGGUGAAAGCUAAUCUGCGUGAUUUAGUUCGCAUUGUCUCUGCAGGGAGUUUUCCUGUGUUAAUACAAGGAGAGACAUCUGUUGGUAAAACCAGUCUGAUUCAGUGGUUAGCAAAAGCCACGGGCAACCGUUGUGUGAGAGUGAACAAUCACGAGCACACUGACUUGCAAGAGUAUGUUGGUUUCUAUGCAGCAGACGAGAUGGGCAAGCUGAUGUUUAAGGAAGGUGUUUUGGUGGAGUGCAUGAGAAAGGGAUAUUGGAUUAUACUUGAUGAGCUCAAUCUCGCACCCUCUGAUGUUCUGGAGGCAUUAAAUAGGUUGUUGGAUGAUAAUCGAGAACUUUACAUACCAGAGACGCAAGAAACGGUUCAGGCACACCCACAGUUUAUGUUGUUCGCUACCCAGAAUCCUGCUGGUCAAUAUGGUGGUCGAAAGGUGUUAUCGAGAGCCUUUCGUAAUCGUUUUGUUGAGCUGCACUUUGAUGAAAUCCCAAGCCGUGAGUUACAACAGAUUCUACAUGACCGUUGUGCAUUGCCCAAGUCGUACUGCAUGAGGCUUGUGGCUGUGAUGUUAGAAUUGCAGACACGGCGGAAGAGCUCUGGGGUAUUUGCUGGCAAGCAUGGUUACAUCACACUUCGAGAUUUGUUUCGCUGGGCCGAAAGGUACCGGAAAGCGAGCUCCGUACAUACAGGAUUCUACGAUUGGGAUCAGCAUUUAGCAGACAAUGGUUACAUGUUGCUUGCGGGUAGAGUGCGACGUCCUGAGGAGAGGCUAGUGAUUCAGGAGGUUAUUGAGAAGCACAUGAAACGUAAAGUAGAACCAACGAACCUGUUCACAAUGUCCGACAGCACUUCAAAUAUCGCUCGUCCACUAUUGGAACAAGUAACAAAACAAACAUUAGAUGGUUUCUCGCAUGUGGUGUGGACUUACAGUAUGAGACGUCUUGCAGUGUUGGUGGGACAAGCUCUCAAGUUUGGGGAACCAGUACUACUAGUGGGAGAGACAGGCUGUGGUAAGACAACUAUUUGCCAGCUGUUUGCUGCCCUCUCUCAACAGUCUCUUUACACAGUGAACUGCCAUCUGCACACUGAAUCGUCAGAUUUUCUGGGUGGGCUGAGGCCAGUCAGGCAUCAUGAUGACAAUGACGAAAAUAGCCAGAAGCUAUUUGAAUGGAGGGAUGGACCUCUAGUACAAGCCAUGAGAGAGGGCGCUGCAUUCCUCAUCGAUGAGAUAUCAUUGGCUGACGAUUCUGUCUUGGAACGCUUGAACAGUGUCCUCGAAAUUGAAAGAUCGCUACUCCUAGCUGAGAAAGGAAGCGGCGAGAAGUUCACAGACGAAACAGAAUUAAUAAAAGCUGACGAACGGUUCCAUGUUUUUUCUACUAUGAAUCCCGGAGGAGACUUUGGCAAGAAAGAGCUUUCUCCUGCAUUGAGGAAUCGUUUCACUGAAAUCUGGUGUCCACAACCACGAGAUCGUAAUGACAUGGUUCAAAUUAUCGAGCACAACAUCUGCGAUGGAGUGCAGCUCGGAAAUCAGGAGGAUGGUUCAAGCGGAAUAGGGAAAGGUAUCAUGAACUUCGUGGAGUGGUUCACAAACACAGAAGCUGGGAAAAGGUUUACAGUGAGCAUUCGCGACAUCUUAGCUUGGGUGAAUUUCAUCAAUACAAGCUGUGACACAGAGAACAAUAAAGCAUUGGAUGUUGCCGAGGCCUUCAUACAUGGGGCAUGCCUGGUAUUUCUAGAUAGCCUUGGAUCUGGAACCAGUCUAGGUAGUGGAGUUUCACCGGAUGAUGCCUAUCGCUCCUCGCUUGAAUAUCUGCAAUACGAGUUAAAUAAGCUUGCUGGUUAUACUGUUGAUGUUUCCAAUUUGCUGGUCAGUGUGGACAAAAAUGGAAGCCAUGUAAAGAACCCUAUUAAGGAAACAGUGGAAAUAUUUGGCAUCGAACCAUUCUUUUUAAACAAAGGCCCACUAAGAAUGGAUGGGAGCAACAACAGCUAUGCCUUGCAUGCCCCUACAACAUCCCUGAAUGCUCAACGUGUCUUGCGAGCCUUGCAACUACCGAAGGCUAUUCUCCUUGAAGGGUCUCCAGGAGUGGGCAAGACAAGCUUAGUGUCAGCCAUAGCAAGGGCAUCAGGUCAUCAACUAGUUCGCAUCAAUCUAUCUGAACAGACAGAUGUGACAGAUUUAUUUGGUGCUGAUCUACCGGUAGAAGGAGGCGAGGGAGGACAGUUCGCAUGGCGUGAUGGGCCACUUCUAAGUGCUCUCAAGUCUGGACACUGGAUUGUCCUGGAUGAGUUGAACCUGGCUUCCCAGUCUGUCCUAGAAGGCCUAAAUGCAUGUCUAGAUCACAGGGCAGAGGUCGUGGUUCCUGAACUUGGCAUGACUUUCAGCGUUAAGACAGAGACAAGGUUGUUUGCGUGUCAGAACCCACUCGUCCAGGGUGGUGGUCGUAAAGGCUUGCCCAAGUCGUUCCUCAACAGGUUCACACAGGUUUACAUUGAGCCGUUAACAUCCGUUGACCUGCUAUUCAUAGCUACAACAAUGUACCCACAGUUACCAGCUGAGUGUCUAGAGAAGAUGGUAGAAUUCAGCAACUUGCUUUACAAACAGACCAUGGUGGAAUGUGCAUGGGGUCAGCGUGGUGGUCCAUGGGAAUUUAAUCUCCGUGAUCUUUUCCGUUGGUGUGACCUUAUGGUGCACGAUCAGCAUGGUGUGUGGAAUCCAGGACAGCAUGUCUCGCUGAUCUACUCCGAUAGACUAAGGACAGUUGCAGACAAAGCUAAGGUAAAGGAGCUUUUUGAUGAUGUUUUCUUGGCGAAGGCUGAUAAAUUCAUUGAUGCUUACUUCUAUGAAUAUUCCAGGCAAUUUCACAUUACACCAAAUACUAUACAGGUUGGUAAUGCAAUCCUGGCACGCAAGACCUCUGCACAAGUUCCUGAUGCACAUUCCAUGUCGCCGUUAUUCUUUCUGCAUCACAGCCUGGAUGCGCUGGAAGGAGUGAUGAAGUGUGUAGAGAUGAACUGGAUGGCUAUACUUGUUGGCCCCAAGUCAUGUGGCAAAACGUCAUUGGUCCAGAGUCUAGCCAAACUAACGGGUAACAAAUUGCAAGUGUUAGCGAUGAACAGUGCAAUGGACACCACAGAACUACUGGGUGGAUUUGAACAGGCUGAUUACAAUCGCCAUUGGGAUGAGCUGUAUACCAAUGUCAAAUCAGUUGUAUACGCCACAGUGAGGUCUUUGCUUGUGUUGGGUAACCAGAAGCCAAUGAGAAUGGCAUAUCAACUGUUAAAUACGUGGUACGACUUUCAGGCAUCUAACAGAAGUGGCUCUGCACAAGCAAAUUUGUCUGUUGACCGGUUGAUGGUUCUGGAGAAUGUCGUAAUUAUGACCAAACAGAUGUCUAACAGUUUACAGAUACCUUGCACAACAGAAUACAAAUUGUCUGACCUGUUCAGUGGCAUCGAUCAGUUGAAGACUAAAUUUGAGCAAGCUGAGGGGGCAUUAAUGUCUGGGGGUGGUAAAUUUGAGUGGAUUGAUGGAAUGUUGGUGACUGCUUUAAAUAAGGGACAUUGGCUGCUAAUAGAUAAUGUAAAUCUCUGUAGUCCAUCUGUUCUUGAUCGCCUGAAUGGUCUACUUGAGCCAAAUGGUGUCCUCAGCAUCAGUGAAAGAGGAGUUAUUGAUGGCAUGGUUCCUACCAUCACACCACAUCCGACCUUCAGAUUGUUUCUAGCAAUGGACCCAAAGCAUGGUGAAAUCUCCAGAGCCAUGAGGAAUAGAGGUGUUGAGAUUUAUAUCUUGGGUGAGAAUGAAGGUGGAGCGUACACGAAGGCAGACUUAACUACUAUGCUUCAUGGAAUUGGACUGAAAAAUGCACAAUUAGUUGAGUUUCUUAUCUCCACUCACUCCACAAUGAUAAACAAGACAACAGGUUUUGAAGCUUACACUGUUCUUGACUUAUUACGUGCUGCUGCUCUCAUUGUACAACAAGUAGAACGAGGAUUAGUCUUGACUACAGCUGUUCGAAAUAGCUGCUUAGAUGUGUAUGUACAAAGCCAGCUUUUGAGUGCUAACAAACAGAACUCACUGUCAGUUCUUGAACAGUGCUUGGAAGAGUGUAGUCUGCUCAACCACAGUCAGCAGGCAGACAGUCACUCAUCUGUCCAAUCAGCUUCAAUUCUCAGUGUUCAAGAGAUUUGCUCAAACUCUAGGCUGAGUAUGAUCAGUAUGGAAGCUACGGCUUUACGGACCAUAUUGAACCAGUUGACAGAGCACGACCAACUGUGGCAUCUGCUUCAGCCAGCAGUCCUGGUGUAUCUGGAGCAGACAACUGCCAAUGAUUGGAAACUGAGAAGUGAUUGGCUGACAAAUAUAUGGAAAUCGCAUCCAGCGCUGGCAGACAAGGCAAUGACAAGCUCACCAGAAUACCCAGACUUUGUCCGGUGUAUGCCAGCAAUAGUAGAAGCAUGUCUCCAGAGAUUACUCACCAGUCCUUUGGUGGAUAAGUAUAAAGAACAGAUGUCUCGGCUUCAAAUAUACCUCAAAGAUAUUCCAGACUUGCCGUUGGACAUGAACUGGAACCAGCAGCAACUGCACAUGCUCAUGACGAAGAUCAGACGAACAAGUGGUGAUGGCACAGAGUUGGACUCCACUAUUCUCUACAGGUUCAGUGUGCUGUUGGUGAGAAGCCUAAUCAAAUAUGUUGAAGGAGCAAGCCUAGAUGGCAUUCGUAACCGGACACAACCACCUCGAAGUCCGCUACAGUUUUCUUAUGCUUUAAAUCAAGGCUUGAUUUCUGUAGAUCAUCUACCGCACCCAUCCUUUGCUCAUUUGUACCCUCUACUCCAAGCUUGGGAUGGUUACAUCAUGACCAGGUUGAUGGACUUGACGACGCCACUCACAGAAGAUCAGUUGCAUGAGUUAUUGGUUGCUGAAGUGUGGAGAGAUAGGUUCUGGCAAUGUUGUAAUCAGUUGUGUGUUGGCCGUGAUGCUGACUAUCUGAAACAGAUAUCAUUACACUGGAGUUGGAUGCUUAGAAAAACUUUCAGGGUUGUACCAUUCAUCUUGCAGGGCAAUGCAUCAAGGCUAUACCAUUUUUCUUCUUGGGUUAUAAAAUGUGUGCGACACUUCCCUACUGCCUGGUUAUUGGUUGCUGAAGUGUGGAGAGAUAGGUUCUGGCAAUGUUGUAAUCAGUUGUGUGUUGGCCGUGAUGCUGACUAUCUGAAACAGAUAUCAUUACACUGGAGUUGGAUGCUUAGAAAAACUUUCAGGGUUGUACCAUUCAUCUUGCAGGGCAAUGCAUCAAGUCUUCCUAAAGAAUUUGAGGCGAUUGCUAGCAGAAUAUACCAGCACUUUGGCAAUGAAGAUGAGAGCUCUCGAAACUUUGUCAACAUAUGGAGAAGUAUCGGGCAUGUUGCUCCAUAUCGGUCUAACUUGGUGGCGGAGAUGGCAGAGCAUCUUGAUACACUGGCCAACUGCAUGGAUCUACAGAGAUUAGCUCAGAAUUUACAAUCUAGCUCCGGGAUGAAGGCACUGAACAGGUGUAUAAAAUUCCUAAUCCAAGAUCAUGGGACCACUUCAACGAAGGUUGUUGAACUGUUAAUGAAAGUGGAAAAACUGAAUUGCAAUUCAAGUAACACAAUUGAUGAUGAUGUACUUGACGAGAUUGACCAACUUGAAGCCCACCUUGUUAAUUUCUCAUUGUACAAAAGACUGCCGGACAUGGUGGCGGUAGAUAUUGGCAUGGAAACUGAAAUGAAUAAGGCAACUGAAAAUGAUGCAAAUGCUAGAAUGGAAGCAAUUGUAGAAAUACUUCCACUGAAACAACAUUUGAAGGCGAUGGCAGAACACAAUGUCCUCUGUCGCAUCUUGGAGAAAAAUGUCACUGGUGUCGAUGAAAACUACGACGAAGACCUCUCUAGUUUGCUAACCUUCACAACUGGAUCUUGCCUAGCGAAUCUGAACCGGCAGAUGCUGCUGCGACAAAUGUCAGAUAUGUUGCAUGACCAACCAGAACUGGGGCCAUGUAUUUUGCAAGCCCAUCAAAAAUUCACCCAAGAUGUCAUUUGGCAAGCAGCCAAUAUGCAAGUUGAUUUCUGGUUGUCCUGGACAUCAGAAGAUGAAGAGAAUGAACAUGGUUUAUGGUUCAAUGGGAACAGCUUGCUAUAUUCACCUUUACUGUCACACUGCCUUUUCAAGUUAAUGGUUUCUGAAGGAAAUGCAACAGUUACGUCAAAGAUGGCCGACAAAUCUAUUGCAACGAUUACUCUGGGGAAGUUUAAGGAAAAGAACGACCAGCUAAUGAAGAUAAAAAAUAUAUUGUGGCAGUGCUCUGGGAUAAUGGGAUCAGAUACAAUGGAGCAAAGGUCUGUCGAUCACAAGUCUCUCUGCUUACACUUGUGUCAUCUUCUGACAGCUUUGUCUUCAUUUGUAAAAGAGGAAGCUGUGGAGAGGUACCAUCAACUCUUGGAUGCCAUCACUGCCAUUCAUACCUCAGCAGAUCAGAGUAGUUUGAGAUUAUUUACAGGAUCCUUCUAUAACAUCUUCCAUUUUGAAGGAGAAACACAAGCAAUAGAAUUUGAUCAAAAAAUUGUAAAAAAACUACCAAGACGAUGUAUUAGACUGAUGUUGAAGUGCUUUGAACUUUUACUCCAGUCUUCUUCUAGCAGCGACGAUAACUGUUCGGAGGAUUUUGUAAACAUGCCAGAACACCUAGUGACAACGUUACGGAAUGGUUCUGGUUUUGUGGUUCUCGGAUGUUUGCAAAUUCUUCUACUGUCUCCGUGUGGACCAGUUGAUCCAGCGGAGAAGCAGUGUGUCAAGUUAGCACACUUGAAGAAGGAGGCCCUGGAUAUUGAAAGGGAGUUGCAAGUGAGGGGUAUGCAGCUGCAGUUGCUGACGGGCAAGACCCUACAGGAUUGUAAAAUCGACAAACAUCCUCCAAGACUGCGAUUCCUGCUCAAACGAUUGACAACUGUCCAAAUGCAGAUAGAGAAAUUAGCUCAAAACACAGCUGCUCGACCGGAAAGGUGCCAGUUCCAUGACCUGGUACAAGAAAUUAACCACUACAAAUCCAGUAUUGGCUCUGAGCAGACAGUAGAGGGCUUGUUUUGUGAUCUACGGACGAGCUUCUAUGAAUCACACACCACAGACAAGUUCUCUGAUGUCCCACCUCUGCUGAGACGAGGGCGGGCCUGGCUCCACUCCCAGCACCAGUUCAUCUCCAAGUUGCAAGACAGUUACCCCCUCUAUAGGGACCUCAUUCAACCAUUCCUGGGAGGCGUUUCGCACUUGAUCUACGGGAUGCAGUUGAUGGUGGAAGCUGUUGAGCGUUUGUACAGACGACAAUCACUGAUGAUCAACACUUCACUGGAUAUUAGAUGUCUCGAGAAUGUGAUACAAAGUCUGACAUGCUUCCCUUUGCCUAGUUGUCUGCACCAAACCAGCGGAAGUAGAGCUGACUUUCUGUGCAAAGAAGCAACGAUGCAGACAGUGCUGGGCCUAGCCAGAGAAAAUCAUACACAGCAUCUUGCAGAACCACAGAUUGACCACAAGAACAGGCUGUUGAUGAUCAUUCUCCUCCAUCUACAAAACCACACCAUGAUGUCCAGCUAUGUGUCGCCCUCAAUCAUGGACUUACUGACAGCCAUUUUUUCAACAUUUGUCAAUUCGUGGCAAGAUGCUCAAGAGGCAGCAAAAAAACUUGCAGAAGAGGAGGAGAGUCUGUUCCGGUUCAAAGCCAGAGUCCAUUGUGAGGAAGCAACCGACGAAGAACAGGAGGAGAUGGAGAUAAAACAAUCUUUUCCAUCAUUUGAUCAGGAUUUUGCUGAUCUUAUCAUCCAACCAACCCUUGAAAGUAAACCAAAGCAACAAGCAUCCAAGGAUCAGAUGUCAUCAACAAACAAUGAUAACCAUGGUAACUUGUCACAAUUGGAGAUGUACCAAUUGACCACAAUUCAUCGGGAUGUGUUUAGUAAAUUAACAGACAGCCAUUGGCUAACAGCAUCUUGCAGUACUAUAGAGAGCGUUGAUUAUUUUGAAGUUUUUCGUCAGGGUUAUCAGCUGUCAGCCUGUCUGUAUGAUGGAUCUAUGGAUUUACUAGAUUCCAAUAUAGAUGCCCAACUCUGUGGAUCUCACCUGCUGCAAAAUGGACUAGUCCUAGCACAGAUUCACCCUGAAAGCUCUGAUGUUCUUGUAACAAAUCCUACCACAAAACCAUUUGACAUAUAUCAUGACCCCUAUGUGUCGGAGGUUGCACAAUGUAGACCGAUCUUGGAAAAGUUCACAGUACACAUCAAAGAGCUUUUGAAGGAUUGGCCGGAUCAUCCCAUUUUGAAACAGAUGGCAUUGAUAAUUAAACGUAUACUUUCAUUCCCUGUAACCUCAUCCUUAAUGAAGUUUGCUUCUGGGUUAGAACUGCUUUUGGAAAAAGCUCAGGAAUGGGAAAGGAAUGCUAGCAAAGCUGUGUCACUUCAAGACCACUUGGAAAGCGUGACUCAUAUGAUAAUCCAGUGGCGUAAACUGGAAUUGAAGUCUUGGGAAGCCUGUCUUGAGACUGUGACUUACAGAGCAGCUGAGAUGUCCGCAAAAUGGUGGUUCCAACUCUACCAGCUCAUCCAAUCAUUCCUAUCACCUAACCUGGAUGACUUUUCACCUUCUGAAAAGGAAACGACAAAGCCUUCUGGGAUACAAGAACUUGUAAAAGCCCUGCAGCAGUUCAUGGAAGCAGCAACCAUUGGGGACUUCGAAUGUCGUCUGAGCAUGGUGUUUGCAUUUCACUGCCAGGUUGUACACCAUUCAUCAUCUGACUAUAGAGUUGAAAUUAUGAAUGUACUGUGGAAUGUCUACAAGUUCUAUCGGCAGUUCCUAUUAGCUGUUCAAACUGAAGUCCAGAAGCAGAAGAAAUCAAUUGAAAAAGAACUGAAGGACUUUGUGAAAAUUGCAAAGUGGAACGACAUCAACUUUUGGGCCAUGAAGGAAGCUGUAGCAAAAACUCACAGGACACUACACAAAUUCAGCAAGAAAUUCCAGCAAGCCUUAAAUACUCCUGCUAGAUCUGCAUUUUCUGACGAAAGUAUUCCAAAGGAAAUGCCAGCAGUCGAUGUUGAAAAAUGUUCUAUGACAAAUCGCACGAAUUACAUCUCGCCUGAAAGUAUGAAGGUCUAUUUUGAUCAUGUUUAUGAAGAUCAGACACAGGCAGAUGGACAGCCAAGCCUGCAGAGCAGGCUGCCAUCACUCUUUCUACGCAUGACCAAGUUGUGCAGACGCAUCUUCCAUGAAUCCCAAUUCACGAGGUUGACAACAUCACUGGAUGGAUUCAUCGCAACUGUCGUUACCACUGUGCAUGAUCUCCAGGCAUUGGAUGUCACCAAGCAUGAAGAUAAAGAAAAACAGAAGUCAGAAGCUAAACACAUUAACUUAAGAAAGAGGAAAGCUUUGGCUACACUUUUUAGGGAAUUUACCAGAGCAGGACUAUCAUAUCGUAAAGGCUUAGCCCUAACAGAGCAGGAGGGGGCAGAUGCAGCAAUGGAAUUGUCUGCUGUUGACCUUGGUGUUGCCCUCAAAGAUAAGAAGGAAUGUGAGGAUACUGUAAGGCUCUGGCAAGGAUGUGAAUACUACUUCUACAGGUCUAUUGCCAGGAAAGCUACAUUUUUCAGUGCUAUAGACACUCCAUCAAAGGAGCUUGGUAUUGGAAACAUUGAACGCUGUCGUGGUUUCUCGGAACACAUCUCCUCGCUUGUCGUUAAACAACGUCAAGAGAUAGCUGAAGUUACUGAGGAUUUUGAUCACUUAAGGAAUUUAUUUGAACAGCUGCAAAGAAUCAAAUCUAAAGAAGGGACUAGUCCCAUUCCGUGCCUGCCGAACCAGACAGCCAUUUCAAGCCGUCUACUGUCCUUACAAAACCUGCUUUGCCAAGCUGGAGAAACUCUUCUUCAAACAAUGAUGUUGCUGGAGUGCUGCCCUCUCAUGGCUGGGGAUGAGGAGUCGACAUUGAUACCAUUCCCUGUUGAGAAACUGUCAGCAAUGAGUAGAGCCAAGAAAGGAGAUUAUACUUGGGCUAGAGUCAUGACAUCUUUAAAGCAAUGUCAGGAGAGAGUUGAUUCAAUGAAAGAAGUAAUCAACCCAAUUGCUAUGAAGUUGCAUUGGAGAGACAGGAAAUAUGUUUUAACAUGGAGUGAUGUCCAGGUGUUCCAAAGUACGAUAUCUAACAUCAAAUCUCUAACUUUGGAGCUGUCCAAUGUGGAAGAUGCCUUCGCCACUCCCUACACCCAAGAAAAAUCAGCCAUGGUCUCAUCCCUGUCUUGUCUUAGGAAUGCCAUUGACUGCUUUGAGGAUGAUUUACAACCAGUUACUAACACGGAUUCCAGUCCUUUGGACAAUGUUGGUACCAGAAGCUGUGCAUUCCAGUGUUCAGUGGAAGCCCUUCUCAAUCGUGUCCUGCUGACUGUACAAAACAUACAAAAGAUGGAAACAUCGAAAACUGAAAGUAUUGAACAGGACAACAAACACAAUGACGAAAAGUCAGAAGAAGAUGCUGAUGAUGAAUAUGCAAAUGAGUUAAUUGAGAGUCAUAUCAAAUUAUUAACCAGUGGUUUAUCAGAAAGCAAGAAAUGGAUGGACAGUAAAAACAUCAAAAUGGCUUUGAAAACCAUCAUAUCUGAUUUGGUAGAAAUGCAUAUGAACUGUCCAAGUGGAGAAACAAAUACUGCGGAACUAAACAAUAGUGUUGCAAUUCUGCUGAGGAUGGUACCAAUACUGCAUCAAUAUUUACAACUAGUCAUGUUUCACCUUCACCAAAUGGUGUCCGCACAUCGUACUACCAGCAAACUGCUUUCCAUAUUGCUUGGUGUGUUUACAGAGUUGGCGACAAAGGGAUUCUGUGUUCCACCGGAGUUCAGUGAUGAAAUAGGUGAGGGAGGGGCUACCGAAUUUGAAGAUAUUGAAGGCGGUGGAAUUGGAGCUGGUGAGGGAGCGAAGGAUGUGAGUGAUCAAAUUGAAAACGAGGACCAAGUACAGGACACCAAGAAGCCAGGUGAUAAUGAUGAGGAAAAUGAUGCCAACAACCAACCAGACCUGGAGGAUGAGGAGCAUGGUAUUGAAAUGUCUGAGGAUUUUGAAGGGAAAAUGCAUGAUGUUGAAAAACAAGCUUUUGACGAAUCUGGUAACGAAAGCGAGGGCGACGAUGAGAACCAGCUAGAUAAACAAAUGGGUGAUCUUGGUAAUGAAGAAACUGACAAGUUGGAUGAGCGCAUGUGGGGUGAUGACGAUGAUGAAGAAGAUGAAGAGGAGAAGGACAAGGAAAAGAAGGAUGAAUAUGGUGAUGGGGCAGGGGAGGAGCAACAAUCACAGUUAGUAGCUAAAGAUGAUAAUCAAGGUGAUGAAUCUGGUGAUAAAGAACAAGACAAGGGAGCAAACGAAGAAAAUAAGGAAGAGGAAAAUGAAAAAGAAACUACAAAGCCAAACAACCUUGAACCAAUGGAUGAGGAAGAAUAUGAUGAUAAUGUUGAUCCAAGGCAGGCCAACAAUCCUCCACCAGAAGUUGUACCAGAAGAACUUGACCUUCCAGAUGAUCUGGAUCUAGACCAGAUGAAGGAUGGAGAUGAUGAAGAUGAGGAGAAAGAGGAAGGGGCUGGGGAGAACCCACUUGAUAUUGAACCAGAAAUUCCUGAUAAUAAAAACCUUGAUAAAAUGGAUGAUGUAGAAGAACAGAAAAUGGAACAGGAAGGAGAAGACGAUAAUGACAACACAGAUGAACAAGAAGAUGAGAAGAUGAAUGAGCAGGAGGGACCAGAUGAUGCUGAAAGAAGUGCUGAGCCUCAGCAGGAAAAUGAUGAUGAGGAAUUGGUUGAAAAUGAUCCCACAUCUGAAUCUUUACCGGAUCAAUCCCACAACUCGGAACAAAUGCCGGAAGCAGCUGAACAAUUUGGAAAAUCUCACGAGGAAACUGAUCAAGUGAAUAAAGAUGAGGGCGGGAAUGAUGAAACUGGAAAAUCUGAAGAAAAAGAGAAAGAAGAGGAGCAUGGAACGGGGUCGUCUCAGGCCGAAAGAUCUGAAGGACAUGAUGGAGACAAACUUUCAGAGGUUACAAUGCAGAAUAGCCAAGAUAAAAAAGAUAGACAUCGGAAGCGACCAAGCCAAUCAGAUUCGGACCGUACACUUGGUGCAGAGAAAACACACAAACGCUUGAAAACAAUCGAUGAAACCAAAGAUGAGAGGCAGACUAAUAAUGAUGAGAAGCAAUCUGAUAAAGCAGAGCUUUAUGAGCAUGUGCAUGAGACGAGCAGCCAUGAUGUCGAAACUCUGGAUACUGCGACAAAUGAACAACAAGCCGAACAGCCUGCCCUCAAUGCUGGCAGUGAUGAUAGUGAUGUUGGUGACAUGGAAACUGAUGAUAAUCUACUACCUCAUGAUGAUGAAGAAGAGGCGGAGGACACCGAAAAGAUGGAUACACUUCCAUCAUCCAAGUUGAAAAUGAGCAAGCAAGAUGGAAUUGAUAGAGAGAAAAAUGAAGAGCAGCCAUCAUUUGAUGAAGAUGAAGAAAUGAAUGAAAAAUUGAAAGAAGAUUCAAGUGAAAAUGUGGCAUCUGCUCUAUCAAUGUAUCAUACAUCCUUUGACCACCUUGAAACCACCAACAAGCAACCUUUAAAUCCAGAAGAGAUUGAGGGUCUGAGAAAAGAGUUGGAGGAACAGCUUCUGGUUGUGAUGCAGAACAAGGGAACUAUAGAACAGGAAAGGCAGGCUCAAGAAGCUUGGCACAAGUAUGGUUCUCUGACAUCCAGCCUCGCCAGGGACUUGUGUGAACAGCUGAGACUUGUCCUGGAACCUACCCAGGCAUCAAAACUUAGAGGAGACUUCCGAAGUGGCAAACGUUUGAACAUGCGUAAAGUAAUUCCGUAUAUUGCCAGUCAUUUUCGUAAGGAUAAGAUCUGGUUGCGACGUAGUAAACCAAGUAAACGUCAAUAUCAGAUCAUGUUAGCUGUAGAUGAUUCUUCAAGCAUGGACGAUAAUCACUCCAAACAGCUUGCUUUUGAAUCAUUGUCCGUUAUCAGUAAUGCUCUCCGUUGGUUGGAGGUCGGAGAAUUUUCUGUUUGCAGUUUUGGUGAGAGUGUUCAAUUGCUGCAUCCAUUUCAUGAACAAUUCACUGACCAAUCAGGUGGCAGAAUUCUUCAACAGUUUACAUUUUCUCAAAAGAAGACCAAGAUUGGCCAGUUACUAAAAUACAUAUCAUCGUUGAUGACCUCGGCACAGUACAGAUUGCGGGGCACAGCCUCGAGUACAUCACAGCUCCUAUUGGUCAUCAGCGACGGACGAGGACUGUUUUUGGAAGGGAUGGAAACUGUAAGAUCUGCAGUCCGUCAAGCAAGAGAUGCUAACAUCUUCCUCGUCUUUGUAAUCUUGGACAAUCCAAAUAAUAAAGAUUCAAUCCUUGAUAUACGCGUUCCCGUAUUCAAGGGGCCUGGAGAAAUGCCGGAGAUUCGUUCAUACAUGGAGCACUUUCCAUUUCCGUUCUAUAUCGUUCUACGUAACAUCAGUGCGCUACCUGAGACACUAAGUGACGCACUUCGGCAAUGGUUUGAGCUGGUUACUGCUGGAGAAUGAUGCGAUUGCAGGUUGAUAAUGCAGCGUAAAUAUUUAUUCUAUGAGGAACGUGACGGUGAUGUAACCCAGGCUUGGAAGAUAAACUCCAAGAUAAGAGUGUAAUAUGCAAUUAAUCAUAUACAUUCACACUUAAGUUUGUGCCAUGAAAUUUUAAAGGAUAAUGUAAUUAGGCCUACUCAGUAAUUCCUCAAGGAUAUGAAAGAACUUGUCAUUAAGGCUAAUAAUAUAGUUUGAAUGGUUAAAAUAUAUUUGAAAAUAUUUGUAUAUAUUUAAGUUUCAAACAAAUAUAAAUAAUUAUAUAGAUGAAAAUACACAAGAUUGAAAUGAAUGUAAAACUACACCGAUACACUUAUAAGACCCCCAAUGCUGGAGACCUUACUUGUGUCAUUUGAAAAGUUCAUAGAUCAGUGGAGUACAAAUGAAUUGCACGUGGUGUAUGAAUGUAAUAGCCGAUGUUACUGCGGUCUUGCUUUGGGUGUCUAAUAAACAUCUUAGUUACAGUGGCGGAUUCAAAGGGACCUAGCCCGCCCAAGCCGCACCCCCAUCCCCCAAUUGUUUUUCAAAAGAACGAAGAAAAAAAGAGAAAAUAUUUAUUUAAUUUUAAGUCUGAGAAUGAUCCGCCUCUGCGUUAAGAACUAUUGAACCCUACACUGACCAUUUGCUUUUUUUUUAAAAGUCAAUAUUGAUUGUGUAUAAUCAUAUGAGCCAUCAGAGCCAUCUGAGAAUAAAUUUCAUUUGAAAUUAA